AUGGCGCAUGAUGAUGAACAAGAUAAGAAACUUGAACAUACAAACAUGUUGUCAACUAAUACAUCAGAUUUUACGCGAGACACCAUUGAUAUAAAUGAUAUUAGUGACAACCUCGAUAUCGAUGCUCUAAUUGGCUCAUCAAAUACAGACUUUGGCGAAUUCUCAUUUUUUGAUAAUGCGCUUGACAGUAAUGAAAUGUCAGCAUUAUUGAGCCUUUUACCCAGUGAAUCAAAUGAAACAGAACAGUUACCACAAAGCAAUUUCGUAGAAAGUAAUGAUCAAACGUAUAUCAGUGAACCACAAUCAGUGUAUUCGCAAACAUCAUAUACCACCAAAGGUUAUGCACCAGAAGAGCCUAAUGCUACUGCGAAUUCAUUUACUGCACAUAUUAUUGUUCAACAACAAGAGCGCUUAAUUAAAACAGCAGCAAGAUCACGAAGAAAUAACUACGAUAGUCGACAUCCAAGCAGUGUCAAGCCUGUUGAUUAUUUAAUAAAUCCAAAUGGCUGUGAACCGUGUACUACUGUACAAAUGCCCAAUAAUUUUGCAUAUCAACAACAACUUCUUCAAUUUGAUGCUGCAGUGUCAAAGAAAAUUGAAAUUAAAUGCGAACCACGUUCGAAAUACCGUCCACGAACACAAAAUGAAAGUAAAAAUUCAGCACACUAUGUGCGAUGUGAAGAGGGUGUUAAGCCUGAAUACCCAACAAUUUCGAUCCCCACGGAAUGGAAUUUUCAAUCCGACGUGAAUCUUAUUGAAGUUGCACUUAUGAGUAUAGAUAAACAAGUCCAUCCAUACGCUAUUGAUAAUAAAACUAGCUCAAAUAUAUUUGAAGACAGUACAUUAAUCUUUAAACCAAAGGGUUCCAAUGCUUUAUACUUUCGUGUAACAAAGGAAGAUUUCCUAAAUAAACAAAAAACCUUUAUGAUUGAAAUCAUUAAAAGUAAACAAGAUAAUAAUAUAACAAAAGAGUUGAUUCGUACGCGACAACUUGAACAUUCGAUGUUUCGCUUUACACGUCACUUUCAAGUGGGAAAAGGAGAUUUUCAAUGCGAUGAAGGCAGUACAGAAUAUUCUUGUAUUAUGAGUGAAGCUUAUGGUGAUGUUGAAGUUGAACAUAUGGGUCCACGAUAUGGACCAAUGUGCGGACAAGAGAUGGUUUAUGCUGUUUUAAAAGGUCGUAUUCUGAAAAAUGAUUUAAAGAUUGAGAUUGUUCAAUAUUCAAGUGGAUGGACAUAUUCAGUACAAAAUUUUACUAAAAAUGGAAAUAUUAUUUAUUUUCUAAUGCCUGCUGUUCCACAUCAACAAUGCGAUACUGUGACAGUUGAUAUCAUCAUUUAUUAUAAAGGAUUAGAAUUAUAUCAAUCACCUUAUCUAUAUAAAGGAUCAUUAGAUCAAGAAUUAGCUUCACUUCAUUUAAAUGAUCCAGGCAUCACCUCUGUUCCAUUCUCAACGUCACAGAGUUUCGAUGUCUUUGAGUUCUUGGCGGCUACAGAUAUACGUCCCACUUUAUCUCGAAAAGGAUCGACACAUAAGUCGACGAAACGUCUACGUCACACUUAA